AUGCAGAAUCACCAAGCUCCCUCUGCUAACCAACAGCAACAGUAUCAAUAUCACCAAAUGUAUGUUCAACAAUUUCAGCAGCAACUGGAGCAGUGGGUUCAAACACAGCAACAGCAACAGCAGCAGCAGCAACAACAGCAGCAGCAGCAGCAACAACAGCAGCAACAACAGCAGCAACAACAGCAGCAACAACAGCAACAACAGCAGCAACCACAGCAGCAACAACAGCAACAACAACAAAACACAGAUCUUCAAGCACAAUCUAACCAGCAUUUUCAAAUGGAGCAACAACAGCAGAAUCCUGUACAAUAUGUCAGUCUUUGUGAAAUGUCCACUCGAAAACGAGGAUUUGAUAAUGAGGCCGAGGAUCCUUUAAUUACAAAGAAACGUAAUCUGGGUUCUGAUAAUGAGGCAGGCUUACAAGCUUUGGAUGGCUAUUUUGAAACAGUCUCGGAUACGUCCGGACCAACCAUCCCAAAUCUUUUAGCAGUAGACCAUCAAAUCGAAGGCUAUUUCGAUCCUUACUACACUGCAGCCGCAAUUCCUUCAUCCGCUACCAGUCCGCAUGAAGCUUAUUACCUAUCCACCUCAUAUGGAGGGGCCAUUAGAAAUAAUCAUCCUAUUAGCACCACCGGAAACUCUGCGCCAUCGACGCCUUCAAGGAUGAAUCCCUUUGAAUCAUUUUCUUCUUUAUCUUCAACAACAACAACAACAACAACAACAACAACAACAACAACAACAACAACAACAACAACAGCAGCAGCAGCAGCAGCAGCAGCAGCAGCAGCAGCAGCAACACCAAUAACAAUGACAACAUUAGCAAAUGCAAAUAUGUCGAUCAGUAGUGAUGGUAACUGGACUUGUUUUGUUCCGCAACAGCAGCAACCAUUACAGGGAUCACUUUCAGGUCCACCUACACCUCAUAUCACGACAAUGCCCGGUGAUGAUGGAGGGGGAACGACCGGACCAAUAGCUGGGGCCUUGUUAUCGAAUAGUAUCCUUGCGAAUGCUUUGGCAGAAAAGGAACCUUUGGAAUAUCGUCUGUUGCAGGAACAAAAGGAACUACAGGAGGCUCAGCUUCAGGAACAACAGUGGCUACAGCAGACACAGGAAAAGGAACUUCGCGAGAUGCAACGACUUCAAGAAGAGGAGAAGUUUAGAACAGUAGCGGAAAAGUACACGGCAGUCCAUCAUGACCAUAACGAUCCUGCUACCUGGAGUUGUUAUGACGCAAUCUCCUCUUCUUCUUCUUCUUCUGGACAAAUGGGUUCUUUGGGAAGUUUUGGCAGAGGAGGGGGAUAUACCCCAGCAGCGCUCGGUGGAGUUGCUGCUUUGGCUGCAAUAGCUGCUGCAAGUCGUGACAACAGAGAAGGACGUAAUGGAGGUGUAUAUGGCAUGGAUAUGGAUAUCUAA